UUCAUUCACUUAGAAACAAGAGUAUGACAAACUUGAGCAAGUCGAAGGAUUUAAGCGGAAUCGACAAUACUCAUAUCAUCCUAUCUCCCCCGUCAAUAAGUUGUGCUCCAGCCUCGGUGCCGGAUACGUACACGUAAAUUUCACCGUUGCCAACACCAACCACUACCGCCAACUAGUACUGGUUUCUCUCUUGUAUCGAUCCGACCCCCACUCAAUGCCGUCAAACAGCUUAGAUCUCUUACUUGAGACAUUAUCCGAGGAUAUGAGUCCCGAGAUGGCGUCGCUCCUCGCGGACCCUGCGGUGCAUGCAGACUGUGUGGUCUACCUCGACACCUUAUUUAGUAGUCUGAGCGAUCUCCUCCUUUCUUCGCUCCCGCCAUCAAUGUCAGACACGGGAACUACUCAGGAGACACACAAAACGAUAGUCGAAGAAAUCGCGGAGCUUUCGUCGAAGCAGCGCUCGCUAGAGGCCAGGUUGAAGGAGUGCACCGUGUCGAAGUCGCUGGCAAUCGUGGAAUCAUCGGUGAACCUUUUCACGUUCUAUGAGGGUUUCCAAACGAAGUUUGACAACAAAAUGGGCACUCUCCAAACCGAGAUAAAGGCAGUAAAGUCGCAGAAGUGGAAGCAGCCGGUGCCAGAGUCUAAGCUCAUGAAUGUGGAUUCCACAAUCAACAUCCUCAACAACCUUCCGUUGCUCACAGAUCUUCUUGAACUACCAUCCCUUAUCAAGAUCUGUAUCAAACAGGGAAACUACCUGGAAGCUUUGGAAAUCAACCUCUUCAUCAAGCGGCUCCUUAUCCGCUUCUCGUCUUCCGAGGCCCGAAACAGCCAUAUCAGUAUUUUGCACAAGAUCCAGCGCCAGGUUGCGCUUGAGUUGAACGAGAUGAUGCUAGGGUUGCUCAAUCUCUUGAGCAACGACUUGAAGCAGUCGUCGUUGGUCAAAACAAUGGGUAUUCUUGCGAAGCUCCAACCGUUCCUGAACUCUGCCACCCACAACGAGCUCAAGGUGAUAUAUUUCAACGCUAGGAUCAACUUUAUCAUGAAGGAGUUCUCGUACUUACAACCACUUCUUAAGACCAAAACCAUCCAGAACUUGGAAAAGUACUUGAAGCGGUCGAUUGAAAUUGUCAGAGAGUACGGAUACUCCACCAUUGCCACGUACCAAGGUAUAUUCCCCAACUCUGACGACUCUGUCUACGUCCACAACUUUCUACAGACUGUGUUGACCGCUUUACUCCAUAUCCUUGUCGCCGAAUUGCCCGUGAUGCUUGUCGCCAGCCCUGCCCCAGGACAUAGCUCCGGAUCCACCACUGAUGCGAAGACGUUGAAGGAUGGCUUGUUGUUACAGUUGUACUACUGUUUGUUAUCCCUUUCGCGAGUCGGUGGGCAAUCUUUUCAGUUCAUGUUUGUCAACGGCCUUGUAGACAGGGAGAUAAUGGAGGAAGAAGAGUGGGCUGCCGUCGAGGAGAAGGUGAACAAGAACCGGGUUUUUAAGUAGCUAAGGAUACCGAUGAAUGAUAGUAUGGGUAGUCUUGAGCACAUGGGAUUCGAGGAGUUUACCAAUGGGUGGGAAGAAGUCUUCAGAUCAAGGACGAACGUCAGAGGCAGCUGAACAAUUUUUACAGUAGAGCUUAUGGCGACUAAGUUCUACUGGCAAAAUGAU